AUGCCGUCGAAGAUAUCAACACAGGAACCAAUUCACAGUGGUCAUUUUAUGACAUCAAAUCCUCAUUCUGAUGAAUUCCUGCCUGAUGAAGAUCCUGUCGGAGUUGAUGUUGUGGACGAUGUAGUCGAAGAAUUAGAAGAUGAUGAACAGAAAGGUCAAGAUUUGCGUGAGUUAAAUGUUCAUGAUGAAAAACCGGUUACUUUUUACAAGUUUGGUCCUAAAAGAACGCAGUCAAUAGCGAUUGAUGUGUCCUUGAACAAACUAAAUAAAUGCAUCAAAGUGGCAUAUAAUAAAAUGACUACUCCAAAAUGGAAAGAUUUCAAAGGAUUACGAUUACAUUGGAAACAACGAAUACGUUUGAACAAUGUUAUCUGGAGAGCUUAUUAUAUGGAAUUUCGACGUCCUGAUAAAGACAAAUCAAAAAAAACGCCUUACUGCUACUUCUCUGUGCCGGAUGAUGAUGCUACGCACGUUAGGCUUGAGGGUGCUGUCAUGGAAGGAAUGUAUUGGAAGAGAGGUUUGGAUGCAUUAAAGGCACAGUAUAAACGUUGGCGUCAUUUUAGAACAUCAAGAAGAGGAAAACGUCGAGGCAUAAGUUGGAGCCAAGAUAUAACUUCCUCUCGUCAUUUAGCAGUACAAAAUUCAAUGCCGCAAAAUUCAUCUGUAGAGCAACCAGAUGUUGAUAGUUUUGAAAACGAAUUUACGGAUUCACUGUUUGCAAGUCUAAUGCAACCAUAUACAUUUCCAAAUCCAAAAGAAAUUACGCAAAGUUGUAAUGCUGAUGUCAUGCAGCCUGGAUUGCUGUCCUUGCAACCAAGCAUUGAGGAAAUAAUGGCAUCUCUUGAUCCUCCUGACCAACUAAGUCAUGAAAUUGGAAAUCUCGAUGACCCUGAUGUCUCCCCACCUCCAUCAUCUACACCUAAACUAUAUGAAACACGUUUUAGUAGUUUUGUGAAUCCAACCCAACAGCCGACUAGGCAAUCAUCUGACAUACUGCCCCAAAGUCUUUUAGCCAAUUCGUCAGCACCAACAUAUUCACAGGCAGCAUACGAUCACACUCCGCUCAUAGCUACAACGCCUUUUACUUCUUCUGAUUCAGCUGCAUCAGACUAUGUGCCACAGUUUCUUACAAGCCCGAUACAAUCGUCUUCAUUAGUUCCUAGCAGUCGUUCAUGGUGGAUAAAUUUUCCGGCUACCCCUUCAUCAUGUUUGUUGGGUAACCCUUCAACAACUGUUACGCACACUUCACCAACUGCUCCGUCACCACUGUCGAUCAACACCUCGGCCACUGCUCUCUUAAUACCUACAGUUGAAAGAAAUCAUAGUAGUACUACAAUCAGUCCUUUGAGCAUUUAUUCCAAUUCAGUCGACUCUGGAAGGAUUGUUAAUGAAAGAUGGAAUACUGCAGGGCCAAGCACUUCGUCACUGCGUAAAUUUUCUGUGAGCUCAGUGGAUCGAGGAGUUUGGAAACAACUAUCACAUGCAGCGAAUGUGGUGAAUGAAAUUCAUUCUCUUCCUGUUCCUCAACCUCUUUAUCCACAAGUAAGCAGUCAGAUUGUACCAGGAAUGGCUUCACCUUUAUCACAUGUGGGGAGUAAAUUUAUUACAUUUGAUGCUGCUUCAGCGGUCAAAAUGGAACAUGAAAAGGAUGAUCGAAUGCAUCGCUUUCACAAGCGUAGCAUUAGGAGCGUAGCAGCUGAUAGUACUAUUGAACCUGUGGAAAGAAAGCGUAUUUUGCAUCUGAAUGCAGAACAAAACAGACGUUUUGCAUUGAAAGAUGGUUUUGAUCAAUUAGUUAAUUUGUUACCCAAUUUAUAUGGUAGUGGUACGAAACCAACAAAUGCAGUUGUGUUGGUACGUGCAGCAGAACGUAUACGUGAAUUGAAAGCAAAUAUAGAACGUAAUCAUGAUAAAGCUAAGAAACUGAAAGACCAUAUACAACGAUUAAAUAGCAAGAUCGAAACACUGCAAGCUUCGUUACCGUCCUCAUCAGGUACUGUCAUUAGUACGAUUACUCAAAAAACUGAAAUCGAGCAGUUUCUUCUACGAUAUACAAAAGAGCGAACGCGUGAAGACUAUCGUUUUUGGAUAAUGGCUAAAAUGUUGCAACCAUUGCUAGAGAUAUUGAUUGGAAAGCUCAGUGAGCUACCGGCUGAUCAAGCUUUAGUUGGAACAAGUGAUUGGUUGCGAGAACACUGGCAGCCUUCAGUUUUGAGACCAUAUGCUUCAUCGAUGCUAGUGUAUUUAGCAACUCACACAAGUAUAUUGACUGAUCCAACUGCAUUACGAGAAUAUAUUCAGAAGGAAUUAUCUCGACUGUGAGG